AUGUCAAACUUUCAAUUAAGUAAGGAAGAUUUUCAUAAAAUCUUUACCAAUCAGCAAAGAUAUAAUAACCCCACCGGUGGUGUCUAUCAAGUUUAUAACACCAGAAAAUCAGAUUCUUCUAAUGGUAACCCUAGCAGAAAGAAUUUGAUCAUGAUAUCUGAUGGAGUGUACCAUAUGAAGGCCUUAUUAAGAAACCAAGCAGCUUCAAAGUUUCAAUCUUUGGAAUUGCAGAGAGGUGACGUUAUUCGCGUUCUUGCAGCAGAGCCAGCCAUUGUUAAGGAAAAGAAGAAAUAUGUGAUAUUAAUCGAUGACUUUGAACUAGUCCAAUCUGGUGUCGAACUAGUCAACCAAUCUAGCACCUUUUUAGAUAGUUAUUUUGCAGAACAUCCUAAUGAAACUUUAAGCGAUGAUGGUUCUAACUCUAACAACCAGGCACCAUUUGUUCCAACACCACAGCAACAACCACAACAUAGUACUACCUCUUCCACUAACUUUCCAAGUUCUCAUUCCCAAAAAUCGAAAGCUAUUUUUGCUAUUGAACAGUUAUCUCCAUAUCAAAACGCGUGGACAAUUAAGGCAAGAGUCUCCUAUAAGGGUGAAAUAAAGAAAUGGCAUAAUCAGAGAGGUGAUGGUUGCCUAUUUAAUGUCAACUUUCUAGACACUUCUGGGGAAAUAAGAGCUACUGCCUUUAACGAGAAUGCUGAGAAGUUCUACGAAAUCUUACAAGAAGGUAAAGUUUACUAUGUAUCUAAGGCAAGACUACAACCCGCUAAACCACAAUUCACCAAUUUAACCCAUCCAUACGAGUUGAGUAUGGAUAGAGAAACAGUUGUAGAGGAAUGUCACGAUGAAGAUAAUGUUCCCAAAACACAUUUCAACUUCAUUAAAUUAGAUGCAGUUCAAAACCAGGAAAAUAAUACAAAUGUAGAUGUUCUCGGUAUUAUUAAAACCGUUAAUCCUCAUUUUGAACUUACAUCUAGAGCUGGUAAAAGAUUUGAUCGUCGUGACAUCUCAAUCGUCGACGAUACAGGAUUUGAAAUUUCGGUAGGGUUAUGGAACCAACAGGCCCUUGAUUUUAAUUUACCCGAAGGCUCAGUUGUUGCUAUUAAAGGUGUUCGUGUUUCAGAUUUUGGAGGUAAAUCGCUAUCAAUGGGUUUCAAUAGUACUUUGGUUUCCAAUCCAGAAAUUCCAGAAGCAUUUUCUCUAAAGGGAUGGUACGAUAACACAGGACGCACAGGUCAUUUCACAUCACUAAAGCAAGAGAAUGGCAUGGGUGCCAUAUCAGCUGAAAACUUAACGAAGUUUAUAUCGCAACGUAUUACUAUCUCAAGAGCCAUCGCAGAAAAUUUGGGAAAAAGUGAAAAGGGUGAUUAUUUCAGUGUCAAGGCGGCUAUCAGUUUCUUAAAAGUUGAUAAUUUUGCUUAUCCUGCUUGUUCUAAUGAAAACUGUAACAAGAAAGUUAUUGAACAACCAGAUGGUACAUGGAGAUGUGAGAAAUGUGAAACGAAUAACCCCGCCCCAGAAUGGAGAUAUAUGCUGACCAUAUCAAUUAUGGAUGAAACCAAUCAACUCUGGUUAACUUUGUUUAAUGAGCAAGCACAGCAAUUGUUAGAGGUCGAUGCCAAUACUUUAAUUGCGCUAAAAGACAACGAUCCUGAAGAAUUUACGAAAAGAACACAAAAUAUCCAGAUGAAUGAAUAUGAUUUUAGAAUCAGGGCUCGUGAAGAUAACUAUAACGACCAAACGAGAAUUAGAUAUACCGUUGCUAACAUCCACAAGUUAAAUUAUAAAGUGGAAGCAGAUUUCUUGGCGACCGAACUUUCUAAGGUGCUAAUGGCUUGA